AUGGGCAACGCCUCCAAUGACUCCCGGUUCGAGGACUGCGAGACCCGGCAGUGGCUGCCCGCGGGCGAGAGCCCGGCCAUCAGCUCCGUGAUGUUCGCGGCCGGGGUGCUGGGCAACCUGAUCGCGCUGGCGCUGCUGGCGCGCCGCUGGCGGGGGGACGCGGGGCGCAGCGCCUGCCGCGGGAACUUCAUCUCCCUGUUCCACGUGCUGGUGACCGAGCUGGUGCUCACCGACCUGCUGGGCACCUGCCUCAUCAGCCCCGUGGUGCUGGCCUCGUACGCGCGCAACCAGACCCUGGUGGCCCUGGCGCCCGGGAGUCGCCGCGCCUGCAGCUACUUCGCCUUCUCCAUGACCUUCUUCAGCCUGGCCACCAUGCUCAUGCUCUUCGCCAUGGCCCUGGAGCGCUACCUGGCCAUCGGGCACCCCUACUUCUACCAGAGCCACGUCAAGCGCCGCCGCGGCGUGGCCGUGCUGCCCGCCAUCUACGCCGUGUCCCUGCUCCUCUGCUCGCCGCCGCUGCUCAGCUACGGCCAGUACGUCCAGUACUGCCCCGGCACCUGGUGCUUCAUCCGGCACGGGCGCACCGUGUACCUGCAGCUCUACGCCACGCUGCUGCUGCUGCUCAUCCUCGCCGUGCUCGCCUGCAACUUCAGCGUCAUCCUCAACCUCGUCCGCAUGCACCGUCGGGGGCGGAGGGGCCGCUGCGGGGCCCCCGCCCUGGGCAGCUGCCGGGGCCCCGCCGCCGCCCGCAGGAGAGGGGAAAGGGUGUCCAUGGCGGAGGAGACGGACCACCUCAUUCUCCUCGCCAUCAUGACCAUCACCUUCGCCGUCUGCUCCUUGCCUUUCACGAUCUUUGCGUAUAUGAAUGAAACCUCUUCUCGAAAAGAAAAGUGGGACCUCCAAGCACUUAGGUUUUUAUCUGUCAAUCCGAUCAUCAACCCUUGGGUCUUUGCCAUCCUGAGGCCCCCUGUUCUGAGACUCAUGCGCUCGGUCCUCUGUUGUCGGGCUUCACUAAGAACACAAGAUGCAACGGAAACUUCCUGUUCCACGCGGUCAAACGCCAGUAAACAUACUGACCUUUGUGGACAAUAG